AUGGCCGGCGUCUCCACCCCCAACGGCAACCACCCCGUUCGUGACUCGGUUUCGAACACCUCUGGUCUCGUCCCCACCCAGAACAACAACGCUCCCUCUGCUGAGGCUUCCAGUCCCAACGCUCAGGUCGUCAGCCCUACCGCUGACGCCGCCACCGGCGCCGUCUCGGUCCAGACCGCCAACCCCGCCCAUCCCCUUUACAUUGCUCCCGCUCCACUCGACGGCUUCAUCCCCAUGCACAUCAACUCACGCUAUUUCCCCCAAGUCGCUCAGUAUGCUGGCCGCAAUCCCCUUGUUGUCCCCCCUGUGCACUCCUCCAGCUUCUGGUGCUUCAUGCAGGCCAUCCAGGGGAUGAGCGAUGCCGACAAGAAGAAGGCGUUUGGCCACGUCACUCUCGACUGCAAGGGCCUUGACGAGGUGUUCAUCGAGUUCCGCUUCGCCCUGGCUCUCUUCCCACUUCCACCCCCGCCGCCCACCGUGUCACCCCACACCCGCAGCACCACCUACCUUACGGCACUCAUCACCUUCCUCGUUCUGAUCGCCGCGAAUGCCGAUGUUGUUUCCCUGGCCGGAGGCGUCACCCAGAAGCACUACGACCUCAUCCUCGGCGCCGGCUUCCGGGCGCCGACUGUCCGCCUCACCAAGACUUUCGAGAUGAUCGACCUCGACGAGGACGAGGCCGACCAGGAAGAGGACGGUGAGGACGAGGACGGUGAGGACGAGGACGACCAGCACGAGGACGGUGAGGAGGAGGAGGAUCAGCUCGAGGACGGCGCCAUCCUGGUCAACGUCUCUGAGAUUGGCCUCCACCGCUGCAUCGUCCUCAGCCCUGCGUACGUCGAGCCCAACGAGGAGUGCUUCAUUGCGAGCCACCCCCAGCCCACCGCCGACAACUACACCAUCGUGCUCGACCUGUCCUCCCCCUUCUUUGUCCACAACCACUCCCAGAUGGGCGCGGCCUACCCCCUUGGAGACGGCGUUCAGAACGUCGCCAUUAUUCUCAAGGGCGACAUCGUCACCCCCACUGUCCCCACCCUCGGCAACCUCGCGCAGCUCAUUGAGGCGCUGCUCCAGGUGUCGGACAACAUCGCCACCUACACAGUCGUCAACAACCACGUUGGGAGCUACACCUUUGUCGGCGUGGAGCGUCUCUGCACGGUCUUUGCAAACGUUGCGUGCGAGCUCCUCAACCUCGUCAACCAGAACGAGAUUCUCAACUUCCUUCAGCAGGAGCGCAUCCCGGGUACUGCGCCCCAGGAGGCCAACGGCACUUGGAUGUACGCCUUCCACGAGUUCGGUGGUCCAGCUGGUUGGUUCGAGUCUCGUCUUUACGCGCGCGUGAACAACGUCGUCUCCGCUUAUCAGACGGUGGAGUUCAACGACUUCGUCGCCGCUAUCACGCCCAACAUGCGCACUCUUCUUGACCUCCAGCAAGGAUUUGAUUGA